AUGUUUAGUAUUUUUAAAAAACGGAAACCUAAAGCUGAUAUUGACGAUCCUGGCAUGGUUGACAUUUCUACUAAUAGUACUACUCAUACAAGUGAUACAACUCUUGAUUUGGCCGAUUUGGGAAAUAAAGAUUCCGGCCCAUGUCGUCCUAUACUUACAGCGAAUCCGGAUACACUGAAACGGUACAACUGCAACAACAACAAAGAGUGUCUGGGUCUCACAGGUAUCAUGGCUUGUAGGCUGGGCCACUGUUCCAACAUGUCAGAGCUGUACCAGUGUUACUACAACAAGAGCGGAUCGUCGAUCAACAGCGACACAGACAAUUUGAAGCUCAACGGCUAUUUCAUCUGUGACAACGGGAGUUGUUUCACGAUUAAAUGGCCAUUUGACUGUGAUCGAUACUGUAACAAAAUCACGACGACGGGUGUGAACGUGUUCCUGCGAUUAGGGGACACUGUGCACACGGGCGACUGUCAGCGAGUGGUGGCGUACAACAAGGCCAACGGUAAUGCGGCGCAUGGGGAACCGCUUGCGACGCCCAAAGAGAUCUGGACCGACGAUAACUCGACCAUCGGCAUAUUCAUGGCCAGCUGUAACGGCAUAACGAGAGACAGCGUCAACUCUCUGAGGGCCUUCGACUGCAUCAACGGCACCGUGCUCAAUGAAUCGCAAAUGCCGCAACUGUUCAUAAACUUCACGACGUUCUGGACGAUAUACGAAGCAAGUGAUCGGCCGCUCGACGAGACCAACACGUUCGUGCCCGCGCAAUCCGCCCUCACCAUCUACAACUCCACCAGACUGUACAUCAACCAGCAAGGGUGCGUGAAUACGUUGCGCAACGAGUGUAAAGACUUCAGCUUCACGCAUGGCCGAGCCGGUGAUAACCACACGGCCUUAAGCCGGUUCCCGUGUUUUUAUACAAAGAACGAUUCGUUUUCGGCGCUGGCCCGUUUUGACUUAAACAAGACGUGGUGGGAACUGAUGGUGGGCGUCACCGUGCCCGGCAUACUGUUCGCCGUGUCGUUCCUGACGUUGCUGAUCGUCCACCAGACGGUCAAGGUGGGCGAUGACGCCCGCAUGACUUGCCAGUGGUGCGCGGACGACGACGCUGGAGCCGCGGCCGACGAGCCGUUCAUGAAGCACAUCGACAAUCAAGCGGCUGCAGGUGGCGGUGGCCGAAAGCACCGGAAGCGUGGCGAGCUGCAAGAGCUUAGUGUCAUCGAAGCACUGGUGGCUAGGUCAGCAGACAUGUCCGUUGGUGUCGACGGUAGGCAUUUAGUUGAUGCCCCGGACGUGUAG